UCUAGAAAGCUCCCAAAAACCCAAUUUUUUUUUUUUCAUUUUUCUUUCUAAGCUCAUCUUCUCCUUCCCUCCGUAUAUAGGUUCCAUUUUCAACAGCUUCCUCUCUGAUUAUAGUCAAUAUUGCCAAACUAAUCAUUGAAUCAUUGGAUCUCUGUGAUUGAUUUGUUUGGAGAUCAGAAUUGAGGAGUGUUUGAUUGGUGGUAAAUGGAAAGGAAGAAGGAACUGGAAUGGAGGAGUAAUCAAGGAUGUUGUAUUUGAAGCAGCCAAGCUCUGUCUUUGAGGAUAAUUUAAUUUGUUGUCUCUUUUAAUUUUUUAUUUCUUUGCAUGACCUUGCUAUAAAUUCCCUGAGCCUGGGCUCGGCUCAGGGAGGGAUCCAAUUCAACUCAAGAAAGAAUUUUUUUUUGAGUAAGAGAGAUAAGAGGGAUGGCAUCUAUGGAGAAUGGGAGUCCUUCUACCUCUCCUUGCACCAUUCAUGAUGAGCUGUCCCGUCCCGAGCAGGUCUAUAUGCAGAAAUUCAGUCUCUACGAGACUCGAUCGAAAUUUUACAUGAUAGGGAGGGAUAAGAGUAGGACAUAUUGGAGAGUACUAAAGAUUGACCGACUGGACCCUUCUGAGCUAAAUAUUCGUGAAGAUUCUACCACAUAUACAGAGAGUGAAUGUUCUGAUCUGUUGAGGAGAAUACAUGAAGGAAACAAGGUCACUGGUGGGCUAAAGUUUGUCACAACUUGUUAUGGAAUUGUUGGCUUUAUCAAAUUUCUGGGGCCAUACUACAUGCUGCUGAUUACAAAAAGAAGACAGAUUGGUGCAAUAUGUGGUCAUAAUGUUUAUGCGGUCUCCAAGAGCGUGAUGAUUCCACUUCCAAAUUCUUCUGUUCAAUCCAACAUCACUAAUUCUAAUAAUGAGAACAGAUACAAGAAGCUCCUCUGCAUGGUGGACCUGACAAAGGACUUCUUCUUUAGCUACUCAUACCAUGUUAUGCGUAGUCUUCAAAAGAACUUGUGUGAUAAAGAAACAGGUCAAGUCCUCUAUGAGACAAUGUUUGUAUGGAAUGAGUUCUUAACCCGUGGAAUACGAAAUCACCUUCAAAAUACUCUGUGGACUGUUGCAUUAGUGUAUGGUUUCUUUAAACAGGCCACACUUUCUAUAUCUGGACGAGACUUCAAACUUACACUCAUUGCAAGACGUUCACGCCAUUAUGCUGGUACCAGGUACUUGAAACGUGGUGUAAAUGAGAAUGGCAGGGUAGCUAAUGAUGUUGAAACAGAGCAGAUUGUAUUUGAGGACGUUCCUGAAGGUUUUCCCAUCCAAAUAAGCUCUGUUAUCCAAAACCGUGGUUCUAUCCCACUAUUUUGGUCACAGGAAACCUCACGUUUGAAUCUCAAGCCAGAUAUUAUAUUGUCAAGGAAGGACCAAAAUUAUGAAGCAACCAGACUACAUUUCAAAAAUCUUGUCAAGAGAUAUGGAAAUCCUAUCAUUAUUUUAAACCUGAUUAAGACACAGGAGAAGAAGCCUCGGGAGUCAAUUCUUCGUGCAGAGUUUGCUAAUGCUAUUGAUUAUAUUAAUAAAGACUUGUCUGAGGAGAACCGUUUAAGGUUCCUUCACUGGGAUCUACACAAGCAUACUCGAAGAAAAGCAACAAAUAUUCUGUUACUUCUAGGCAAAGUGGCUGCAUCUGCUUUGACACUGACAGGUUUCUUUUACUGUCAAGUAACACCUGCCUUGAGAACUGAAGGAUGUACAAUUUGGCCUUCCUUUGUAAAUACUGAGAAUGGCCACCUAUCUCCCCAGAACACAGGCAGCAAUGAUUAUGAGGAUGCCAAUGAUGUAGAGAGGAAAUUUAACGGAGGUAAUGAUGUUGCUAAUGGAAAUCAUUCUAUCAAGCCUCCAAUGUUCCAACAAGGUGUGCUCAGGACCAAUUGCAUAGACUGUCUCGAUCGCACAAAUGUUGCACAAUAUGCAUAUGGGUUGGCUGCACUUGGACAGCAACUUCAUGCUAUAGGAUUUACAGACACCCCAAAGGUAGACCUUGAUGCACCACUGGCUGAUGAAUUGAUGAGAUUUUAUGAAAGGAUGGGUGACACUCUAGCCCAUCAAUAUGGUGGGUCAGCUGCACAUAACAAGAUAUUCUCUCAGAGAAGGGGUCAGUGGAAAGCAGCAACCCAGUCCCAGGAGUUCUUCAGAACUCUUCAACGCUACUACAACAAUGCAUACAUGGAUGCAGAGAAACAAGAUGCAAUUAAUGUAUUCUUGGGGCACUUCCAGCCACAACUGGGUAAACCUGCACUCUGGGAAUUAAAUUCAGACCAGCAUUACAGUGUAGGAAGGAAUGGGCAAACAUAUGUGGAUCAAGAUAGAAGGUCAUUUUUCAAAAGAUCCUUGUCAGAUGGAAAUAUUCUUCAUGAAAGCCAUUCACCUAUGUCAGCCACGAAUGUCAAGCAGGAGAAAUUUGCUAAUUCAGUUUUGCCAGAUCAAUGGGAAGGGGAAAAAAAUGUCCUUUCUGAGUCAUCCCCUGCGAUAUCAACUUGUGAAAUUGACAUAUCAUAUUCAAGGUAUACUCCUUCAAUGCCUCGAAGACAACUCUUAGGGGAUGUGGAAAGAGAGCAGUACCUUGGAAGUGAACAUAUUUACUUCUCUGAAGACACAUUUAUUUGCUCAAAUUUUGUUGAUUUAGGCUGGUUGUCUUCCUCGGGAAAUUCAUGCGAAGAAGAGCCAUUUGAGAGGUCAUCAGUGCUUACAAUCUCACCAAUUGCGGGGAUGUCAUCAGAAAAUGUUGUCAAUGGAAUAAUGAGUGAAAUGACCCCAUCCACUAGUGAAUAUGGAUCCAGCAUGAAGGGAAGGCAGCAGACGGGAACGGUGCUAUCCUAUGGUAGUUCUCAGAAUUCCAAUGUCCUCGAGGAAUUCUCAGAUAGCUUUGUGCACUGGGUAAACAAUGGAGAGACACUCUGCCAUUGAAGUUUAGCUCGCUUUGGCCCUGAAUCAAUAUUUAUUCCUUUCCCCAAGUGACCCGACCUGCUCUAAAGAUGCUGAAUCUAUUGAUGUAGAGAGAGGUGACAAGGACAGUGAGACCAAGGGGAGAUGGCCGGACCAGAGGGAGAAAAGAGAGGCAGGUGUUUUGGCUGUCCCUAACAAUGCAUCCGAGAAGAAAUUCUCCCAUUCCCCAUGUGUGACUUACAUCGUUGAAUCCAUCGUGGAAACCUCGAUGGAACCUGAUACCGAAGUACAGAGAGUAAAUAGCUAACAGUUAAAAAAAAAAAAAAAAAAAACAAUUCUUUUUGGAGCUCUUCCUUUUCUCAUUCCUCUAGUAGUACAUGGGUUUCCUAGGUUUCAGUCCUGUAAAUAUAUUCAACUCUUUUCUUUGAGAGCUCCACCUUUAAGAAGAAUUUCAGGCUAUCGAUUCUUUAUUUCCCUUAAAUGUUUAUCUGUGGUCAAGUGGAGCGUGAUACUAAUAAUUAACUAUAGGACUCAUAGUCUUUAAGCCGUCCAAAUUCUAUAGCUUCGAUUUUCUGGUUUUCCAGCAGGAAGCUUAUUGAGAAAUCGGUGGGCGAUUCAUUGGUUACUUGCA